AGGUUGAGAAGAUCUGCGUGUGUGUUCCGUAGAGAUGAGUGAAGUAUGGAUACUAUUAUCCCUAUGUCUUGCCAUGCUGGCUGGCUGCUACAUCGCCGGUUUGAUUCCACUCGUGGUUUCUCUUUCGGAAGAGAAACUUCAACUGGUCUCCGUGAUGGGUGCUGGGUUAUUGGUUGGAACAGCGUUGGCAGUUAUCAUUCCUGAAGGCAUGAUGGCCGUCUGUGAAGCACCGAAGUUGUCCGCUCAUAAAGCAAUGCAGCUUAUCGGUGCCGACCAAGAAACGAAGCUGCCAGACGUGGGGAGUGAGAUAGGAGUUUCCGUAGAGGCCAGCUCCUCGUUUGCGCCACAUUCUGUGAUCGGAAUCGCGCUCGUUCUGGGAUUUGUCUUUAUGUUGUUCGUUGACCAAUUCGCUGUGUUUUGUCGGAAAAAUGAUAAUGGCAGUCCGGCAGAUCAUUCCUUUACCUCCACAACGACUCUGGGAUUGAUAGUUCACGCAGCUGCUGACGGAAUUGCACUCGGUGCUGCGGCCUCCACGUCGCAUAUGGACACGGAAAUGAUAGUUUUCCUGGCGAUAAUGCUGCAUAAGGCGCCAGCUGCUUUCGGACUGGUUACGUUCCUGUUGCAUUCCGGAUUGGAGAGAAAUCGUAUUCGAAGGCAUCUUUUGUUAUUCGCCGUCGCCGCACCGUCUGCAGCGAUCGCAACAUAUUUUUUUGUCGAUGGGGGACCUGAAGGAGGUCUGGCAACUUUGAAUGGAACUGGAUUUGCGAUGCUAUUCAGUGCGGGCACAUUCUUAUAUGUAUCCCUCAUUCAUGUGUUGCCGGAGGUUUCGCAGUUGGUUGGUGGUGGGCACGGGUUCAGCCACGAACAAUUGCCAACUGCGGCACCGGGAGCUGCCGGAAAGUCGAUACACGCGAUGCGCAGGUUGGAGCUGAUAGCGCUUGUGAUCGGCUGUUUGUUGCCAGUGCUUCUUGCGAUGAAUCAUCAUCAUUAG